GUGAAAAUAUCUUUCUUCUAUUGAUACAAAAGUUUUUGGAAUAUUUUUGUUAUUCUAUCAUUAACAUAAUAAAAUGAUUCAAAUGUGUCAUGUACACAGUAGGAAGUAGCUUCACAAAAUGGCGACGGGUGGAUUUAAUGACGCUUCGGAUGAAAUUUCAGAUUUUCAGUGUUUCACUUGCACAAACAAAGCGGCUGUGAAAUAUUGUGUUGAAUGUCAAGGUUUCUGUUGUCGAACUUGCGUUGGUACACACUCGCGAUUUCCUGCUUUAAAAGGUCAUACGCUACUUGAUCCGUUAGAUGCUGAAGCUUAGGGUUUGUCAAUCACAUUGUCGACGAUUCCGACAGAGAGAUGUGCUAUUCACACUAACAACUUUGUUGACAUGUACUGUAAAGAUCACGAUGAAGUGUGCUGUACAACAUGCAUUGCUUUAAAUCACAGGUCGUGCACACAUGUACAUUCAAUUCCUGAUGAGAUCAGCGAAUUAUUCGAUGCAAAAAUUCAAGAAGAUAUGACCUUGUAUUUACAGAGCAGAGAAAGUCGUUUUAAACACAUCGAACUGAAGACAACAGAAGCUAUGAAAGAUUUGGAAUCGUCAAGAAAAGAAGCAGACAUGAUGAUCGACUUUGCUAAACAAAAUCUGGUUGCACAUAUAGAGAAACUUUCAAAACAAGCUAAAGAUGAAGUGGGAAAAGAAUAUCUAGCCACUAAGGAACAAAUUGUAAAAAAGAGGCAAGAAGCAGUUGAAAUGACAGAUGAUAUUAGGAUGAAAUUAAUAGAUUUCGAAACAUUAACAGGGGGCAACAGAUCGCAACAAUUCGUGCGCAUGAAAAUUGCGAACAAAAAACUAAAAGAAGAAAAACAAAUGGAAACUGCCUUAAAAUGUAACGCCAUGACAAAUACAUGUAUAUCAUUUGAGAUUGAUUCAAGAAUACAGGUGUUUUUGCAAGACAUUAAGACGCUUGGUAGACUCAGCUUUACAAGGGGAACCAGACGGUAUACUGUUGACACAAUUAAAGACGUGAAUGUAAAAUUACAAGAUGACAAAGCGACUUGCGAUAUAUCUGGCUCAUGUUUGAUUGAAGAUGGACCACUUCUUUUAACAGAUUCUAGAAACAAAAAGCUAAAGAGCGUUAACAUUGAAACUAUGGCUGUUGAAAAUGUUUAUACUUUUGGCCAUAUUCCGUAUUGUUUGUGCAGUACUAGUAAAGACGAGGUAGUAGUUACCUUCUACAAGCAUUCAAAUUUCAUUCUGUUUAUCUUAUUUACUGCGAAGCCGUCACAUUCAAGGAAGGUUAACAUAAACCAUAACUGUUUUGGAAUUGCUUAUGGGGAUGAUAAACUUUAUAUCACUGAUAAAGCUCAGACGUUAUAUAUACACGAUAUGACUGGAAAUGAAUUGCAAAAGAUAUCAACCGAUAGUUUAGGCAUUGCUCUAUUUAGCAAAAUCCGAGACAUAUCUUUUAGUGAUUCAAUGCAAUGUGCUGUAGCCGUAGAUGAGAGUAAAGGUGUAAUCAUAUUUAAUGAUCAGUAUCAGCAUAUUGCUCGUUAUUGUGAUCCAGAGUUGCAGGGUGCAGCAGCAGUGUGUACAGAUGAUGAAGGAAAUAUAUUUGUUUGUGGAUAUUACUCGCAUAACGUGUUACAGUUGGGAUAUGAUGGCAAAAAAAUCGUUGAUGUUGUUGGCAAAUCACAUGGAAUUCCUUCUCCGGUAUCAUUGUGCUUUGAUUCAUCCAGGCAAAGGUUGGUUGUUUCGCCUCAAAAUGGGAGAGAUAUUGUAAAAAUCAUUCAGCUUAUGUACUAAAGCAUUUUUUUUUCUCAAAUGGACUUUAUGUCACUUUACUCACCAUUCAGUGAAAUGACCUACAGAUAAAAUACAUGUAUGUAUUUCUUGUGAAUAAUACAACUAAAGGAUAAUUGUAUCAUCAGUAUUGUACAGGUGUAAAGAGGUUAUAUAGUACAGUAGUAUGGCAGCCAAGGACAGUAGCUAAUGAUGCAACUAUCCAACAAUUGUGCAUAGUUGCGAUCAUUGUGUAACUGUGUGAAAGUUGUGAAGCUGUCAAUUUAAAAAUGGGAAUAUCAGACAUCAGAAAGAUCUGCUAUUAGCAAUUCAAACCACAUUAGUCAUAUCAAUACAGAUUUAAAAGGCAAAUACAGAACAUUUUCAGAUUGUGUGAUAUGACAUAUCAAUUAUAGAACAAUUUUGUUUCGAACGCUGUAGGUUAUAAAAACAAGUCGUCAGUGGUUAUUCAUAUCAAACGUUCGGUCAAAUGUUACAGAUAUAACUUUGAUGUAAAUUGAUAUGUUAUGGUAUAUAAUUGUACAUAUCAUGAUUUCUGUUGGUAUAUACGUCAA